UCAGAGCGUUUAGAAAUACAGAAGCGGGUGCGCAGGACCCGCCGCCUCGCAGCCGACACCACCCCAGCCUGCGCCAUCCCGGUGCGGCUCUGGCCGCGCUCCUCCCAGGCUGCGCCGGGGCUCCCGUCACCCCGCCGGGCUCCUCCUCCCCGGCACCCCGCCGGGCUCCUCCCUCGCCGCGGCUGCGCCCCGGGAGCGGUGCCGGGCCGAGGGGCCGAGCGGGGUCGAUGCUGCGCGGGGUCGCGUUGCUGCCCCGCGCCCUGGGCGCUGGCGGCUGCUGCUGCUGCUGCGCGGCCCGCGGCUGGGCGGGCGCGGCGGGCGGCGGCUCCGGCCCGCGGGCCGCCCCGGGGCUGCCGCCGGGCCGCGCCUGGGACCGGCCCGCGGCCGUGGCGGCGGUGCCGCCGGGCGCCCGCGGGCUGCGCUGGGCCGGUAAAUUUCACCUACGUGCCCCCACUGAGAGCUCCCAAGCCACCCUAGCCAGCGUGUCUCCUGUUUUUGCAGUGAUGAAGUUUGACAAAGAGGGAAAUACUACCUAUUUUGAAAAGAAGAAAACAGAAUUGUACCAGGAGCUGGGUCUUCAAGCUCGAGAUCUAAGAUUUCAACAUGAAAUGAGCAUUGCAACCAGGAACAAUAGGAUCAUCAUGAGAAUGGAGUUCUUGAAGGCUGUCAUAACACCAGAGUUUCUUCUGAUACUAGAUUAUCGUAAUUUAAGUCUGGAACACUGGCUCCUCAAUGAACUAGCAUCUCAGCUGGCUGGGGAAGGUCAACUAGUCACACAUUCCCUGCCCUUUGAAUUCCGAGCCAUAGAAGCAAUCCUGCAGUACUGGAUCAGCAAACUGCAGGAAAGACUUAACACUUUGCAGCCUCAGAUCCUUGAGACACUGGAAGUCCUAGUGGAUCCCAAGCUUUUAUCUGUGGAUAGGAGUAAACUACACAUUCUCCUGCAAAAUGGCAAGAGCUUGUCAGAACUGGAAACAGAUGUUAAAGUUUUCAAAGAAACGAUUCUGGAGAUCUUAGAUGAAGAAGAAGUAAUAGAAGAACUCUGUCUGUCUAAAUGGACUGAUCCACAAGUAUUUGAGGAGAGUACAUCUGGGAUCGACCAUGCGGAGGAAAUGGAGCUGCUGUUGGAGAAUUAUUACAGACAAGCAGAAGAUCUUUUAAAUGAAGCUCGUGAACUCAGAGUACUGAUUGACGACUCAGAAAGCAUCAUCUUUAUCAACCUGGACAGCCACCGUAAUGUGAUGAUGAGGCUGAACUUGCAGCUGACCAUGGGGACUUUCUCUGUUUCUCUCUUUGGGCUCAUAGGAGUUGCAUUUGGUAUGAACUUGGAGUCAUCUCUUGAAGAGGACCCCAGGAUAUUUUGGUUGGUGACAGGGAUUAUGUUUCUGGGAAGUGGUCUGAUCUGGCGACGCUUACUUUCCUUCCUUGGGCGGCACCUGGAUCCUCCACUACCUCCUCACGUUCCUGCAGUUUUGAAAAAAUCUCAACCAGCAGGUGGAAGAGUGGAGAUAAAGACUAGCCUUAAAGGAGAAACAUUUGGGCUGGGCAGAAGCACAUUACCAAACCAGUAGGAACAGCAAGAAUGAAGAGACUUUCGUUGUUAUAGGGUGGACUUUGGACACUUGCAUUUGUUCUUCCUUACUGAAAACUCCAAGAAUUUCUAAACUUACUAAUUUAAACUAUAUUUUGUGCCAAAAACCUACAAUAAAAUUUUUAACACUCGUGCACAUAAGGAGAGAAACACAAGGGAAAAUAGCAAAAUGCUUUCUACAGAAGUUUCGCCUCCACGCUGUGUAUGUGCCUUCAGUUUUCCGUAUCACAUACAUGUACUUACUUUUCGGGCAUUCUCAUUUUUAGUGUUUCUGUCAAAUACUGCUUUGCUUAAUGGCCUUUCUUACAGAGUAAGAAACUACUGAUCAGUAAUUCUGGUUCUGAACUGCAGAUUUAGGAACCUGACUUCAAAGAAAAAUCCACCCCAAGAGUGGCUUCUUGAAUGGAUUUUAAGGCACUAUUUAAUUGCAGAGAACAGGUUUUACAAAGCAAAAAGCAUACCAGCAUCUCUUGUAAAGCAUGACUUCUAGAUUGGCAGCAGUGAGAAACAAGGAGCAAUAAAAGGCUUUGAAAUGUAGCUGCUAAUCUUGUAUAUUUCUUAACAAUUAAUUUAGGCCCAAAACAGCAGUUCUGGGAACAGGGCAAGCUGCCUUAUGGAUAACGCCCACUUGCAUUUUCCAUCUGACACUAUGUCAACAUACAUUGGUACAGCUGCAGUUUAACAACUCCUUGUGUUGCCGUAAUUCAAAUUCUGGUAAAAAAACAGCCAGAGUGUUGUUUUUUCUUAAAGUGGGCUCUGCUUUGUGUCUUCCCUCCAAGACAAAGCAUGGACUAGCCUGCACCACAGUAAGUGGCCAGAUUAGUUAAAGGUGUGGAAGCCUGAUGUCCUGUGAUAGGCUGAAGGAAGGAGUAAAAGCCUUAUGCCAACUAUUCCUGUUUGCUCUUGAGACUGCUCUUUAAGGGUGUAGUUCUCCACUGGUUUCUCUCUGGUUGUAGAGGAGCCUGAAAUGUGUCUAAAUCACAUCACACGCUGUCCAUUUCUUUGGGAUUUUUUAACCUAUCUGUAACAAUGAGCAGCUCCUUAGGUGCCACCACACAAAUCAUUGUACUGGCAGGGGUUGAAAAGACAGUAGCUGUAGCUGUGAACGUUCUUCUCAGGACUAAUGAGUCAAAGAUGGAAAUAAAAAGGUUCUUAAAUGAAA